AUGAAGGCCCAUCACUGGAGGAUGAAGGUCAUCACGGGAAGAGGAAGAUCAUCACAGGAAGAUGAAGGUCCAUCGCUGGAGGAUGAAGGGGGGGUCCCGGCGGCCCUGACCCCCCCUCCCUCCCUGGCGCGGCCGCUGCAGGCGGAGGUGGAGCAGAAGAAGAAACGAACCUUCCGCAAAUUCACCUACCGGGGGGUGGACCUGGACCAGCUCCUCGACAUGUCCUAUGAGCAGCUGAUGCAGCUGUACAGCGCCCGCCAGCGCCGGCGCCUCAACCGGGGGCUGCGCCGCAAGCAGCACUCCCUGCUCAAGCGCCUGCGCAAGGCCAAGAAGGAGGCCCCCCCCAUGGAGAAGCCCGAGGUGGUGAAGACCCACCUGCGGGACAUGAUCAUCCUCCCCGAGAUGGUGGGCAGCAUGGUGGGCGUCUACAACGGCAAGACCUUCAACCAGGUGGAGAUCAAGGUGAGGAGUCCCCCAGAACCAGGUCCUGGCCCGAGAGGAGCUCCCUGAUCUCCUCUGUGUUAA